AUGACUGACGUCCCACCAACCGAGUCCAUUCCCAAACCAGAGGAACCUAAAGAACCACAACAGUCUCCUCAGCAACCUCAGUUCCAGCAAGUACCUCCGAAUUACUACCAAUUUCCACCUCAAGGUUACUACCCACCACAAGGCUUCCCGAACUACCCUCCUCAGCCUAUGCCUUACUUCCCCAACCCUUGGUUGUUCCAGCAAGCUCCACCCCAGCAAUUCCAAUUCCAAUCUCAAUCGAAGAGAGACCAAGACUUCGAAGAAGGUCUGAACCGCUUACGCAAAGAG